AUGACGCAAAAUAACCGAAAUGAUCAGGUCUUGAAAGCAGAACGUGCUCUUCAUGACCAAUACAACCUCCUACCUCGGGCACAGCUGGUAUCCUGCUUAGGAAUCCUCUCUUUCUGCAUGCUGAUCAGUUUCAUCGACCAGAACGGAAUCAGUAUUACUCAACCCACGAUUGCUAAAGAUCUCGAUGCCUCGGCAACAAUUUCCUGGGCGGGAACCUCCUCGUUAAUCGCGAAUACCACUUUCCAGAUGUUAUACGGUCGUCUUUCCGACAUCUUCGGGCGAAAGGCUGUGUUUCUUGGGGCCGUUGCGUUGCUAGCCCUUGCAGACCUGCUAUGUGGUCUAUCACAAAACCCUGCCAUGUUCUAUGUGUUUCGAGGCGUGUCUGGAAUCGGCAGCGGCGGCAUCACCAACAUCGCCAUGAUCAUCGUCAGUGAUGUGGUCACCCUCGAGGAGAGAGGCAAAUAUCAGGGGAUCUUCGGCACCAUGGUAGGCUUAGGCAACCUGAUAGGACCGUUUCUUGCGGCCGCUUUCAUCAAGCGUUCAACUUGGAGAGCCUUCUUUUACAUGCUGGCACCCCUUGGCGCCAUCGCAGGGGUGGUUUCAUAUUUGUUUCUGCCGAACAAGCCACCUACAGCGACCUUUAAGGAGAGUGCAGCAAGGAUUGACUACGGAGGUUCCUUUACAAUAUCUCUAGGGAUCAUUCUUCUGCUCAUCCCGAUAUCUGGAGGCGGCGCCUACUUUGACUGGAACUCGCCAAUGGUCAUCACUAUGCUUACCAUUGGGUCCUUCUCUUGUCUUCUCUUCAUGCUCAUAGAAUGGAAGAUUGCCAAGCUGCCAAUGAUGCCUGUGACAAUAUUCGCAAACAAGGAAGUUGUGAUCUUAUUGAUCCAUUCUUUUCUUUUUGGUGCCGUGUAUCAGUCGAGCAUUUACUAUCUCCCCCUCUAUCUACUAAACGCCCGGCAAUUUGAAGUGCUCGAGGCGGCAGCAAUAUCAACCGCCUUGUUCACCUUUCAAUCUGUAUUUUCCACACUUAGUGGCUUAUACAUAUCUCACUUUAAUCGUUAUGGUGAGGUGAUCUGGUUCGGGUUUGCCACAUGGACACUUGGAGCUGGUCUCUGUCUAACCUUCGAUCGCAAUACUUCUCCAGGAGCCAUAAUUGGGCCUUUGAUGGUGAUUGGCGUCGGAGUCGGCUGCAUCUUUCAGCCGACGUUGGUGGCGCUCCAAGCCCACUCACCCAAAUCUCGACGCGCCGUCAUUAUCUCGAACCGUAACUUCUUCCGAUGCUGUGGUGGUGCUGUUGGGCUAGCAAUCUCGGCGGCUAUCCUACAAGCCGCUCUUCGAUCCAAGUUACCAGCAGAAUAUGCAUACCUUGCUGACAGCACCUAUGCACUCCCAACUGACUUGGAGCCGGGGCCCAGUGCAGAAAGGGUGUAUGACGCUUAUAUGCAUGCUAGCCACUCUGUGUUCUUGAUGCAGGUUCCAAUGAUAGGUGUGUCUUUGAUUGGUUGCCUAUUUAUCAAGGAUCAGGGCUUGGAAGGAAGAGAAGAGACCAGAAGUGAGGAGGAGCCUCAAGGGGCGAUGGUGGGAUCGCAAGAUAAUAAUACACCAAAAGUCUCAUAG